UCUGUUCUUCCACGUGGACUCUGUCAUUGACCAAAACACUCCUCCGUGGCAGCGCGGAGAGGGAGCGCGCGACCCGCCGCCGCUGUUGCGCAGUGCAGACCGGGAGGCGCGAGCAGGGUGGUGCGAGCCAGAGGUGUUCUCCAGAUGUGAACCUUAAAAACAACCGAUUACACGCUUUUCACCGUCCACACAUCAACUAUGCAGACAGGUGCGUUCAUGGAGUCUCACCUGGGCCGGUCGGUCCCAUGUGUCCUGUCCCUGUACCUGUUCAUACACUUGUGCCAGGCUGCACCAGGUGUACCUGGGACACAAAGGGAGGAAUCAGUUGAUGCCCACCCCGCUUCGGUAGCACUAUUCAACCCCUUUGGCACUGGAGAAGAGGACCGCAGAUUGCUGCAAAAUUACAUUCAAUCAAGUCUGAAGGAUGGCCAAGGAGGACCAGAAAUCAGCACCUGGGAGCAAGAGGUGUUCUUCCUGUUUCGUCUUUAUGACUACGAUCGCGGUGGGCUCCUGGAUGGCUUGGAGUUGAUGAAGCUAAUUUCAGACUAUAACUCCGAUCAUACACCUGGAGCACGGACCAAUGAGCUGGUGGUGUCUAUGGUAGAUUUUUUACUCCAGACUCAGGAUCUAAACCAGGACGGCCUGUUGGCCCCAUCCGAGCUGCUGUCUCCUCCAUUACCUCUCACAAAGGACUCCAGCAACAACAACGCACCUCACCAGGAGCAGGAGGUGGCAGCUGACAAGGAGAAGGCAGGAGCAGCAGAGCAGAGAGAGGAGGCUCAUGAGGAGCUUCAGCCUCAAGAUGAAGCGCAACAGGAGGUAAAGACAGAAGAAGAGGAACUCAUAAAUCAAGUAGUAGACAAAGAGCAUGGACAACAAAUCCCAGAAGCCCCAGCAGCAGAACAGAAGCACGAAGUCCCUGUUCAUCGGGGGCAACCAGAGAUGUGAAUGUACACACACACACACACACACACACACUGUGGUCCACAUAAUCAUGUUUCUCUUGAGUCAGCAGAAGACUGAGUUAAAAAUACCACUACAAGGACCUCUUAAUCUUCAUCCCCACAAAUUAUCUUUCUCUUGAUUACAAUUCUGAGAUUCUAUUAUCCAUUUCAUUUGACUGUUAAACACAUAGAUGAGAAGAUGAAUGUAUUGAAAGUAUUCAUGUAUAUUUGAAACCCCUUUUCUACAACCAGUAACUAUUGAUCUUAAUUAUGAAUGCAAAGAUUUCUAGAGCUGUAAAAGGGACAAAAGUCCUGAUUGAAAAUGCAAUAUUAUUCAUAUUAGUAAAACGGAAGCCAUCCUUAAUAGGAACAGUACUUUAGUAUAUUAUUAUCUAAUGUUGAAUAAUUCGAAAUGUGUAAGGUGUGUAUUUUAUUUUCUUUAAUCAUAUUUAUUUAACCUUUUGUUAUAUCUAAAAAAAAAGAAAGAAGAAGAAGCAUAUUUUUAAAUGUAUUUGUUUUUUUCUAUGUAGAGACUGUUGUUUCAUGUACACCCUGAUUGGCCUUAUUGUGUCUGACCCACUCUAGGUUUAGGAUUUGCACCUAGUAGUUAUGCACCAGGACUGUUUAAACUGCUCUCUUUCACAGAGAAGCUCAGUUUAGCCAUGGGCUUACAUUUGGUCUUCCGUGAGUAUUUCCUCAGUCUACACAAUGACUUUAAUUUACUGAAUAAAAUUAAGUUAUUCAGAAAACAAAAAAAAAACAAAGAACAUAGCCUAUUGUUAUGCAUUAUCAGCCAAAUCUGUAUUUCUUUUGAUGCACUUGUUUAUGACCCAGUAAGUAUUUAAUUUUGAUUAGGAUUAUUUUGUGCCUGAAUGAGUUGGGAACCAUGGAAUUACAGAUCAAUAUUGUGCUUUUAAUGUGUGCUUAAUGAGUUACAGCCUUCUACCACCAGCCUUUAGGCCACGAGCUUAAAAAUGUUCAUCUUCAUAAUUAAGAUCAGGAUGGCCCAAUUGAAAUAUUAGUUCUUUACUAUAUCAUUAAAUUCUUAAAUGAAAGUUAAAGUCGUUAAAGUCUUUAUCUGCAAACUUGAAUGUGUUUACAGUAUGAAAGGGUUUACUAUUUGUUGUAAUUUUUAGUUUCUUUACCCCUUUCGACCAUUUAUGCAUUUAUACUGCUGGAGAAAAUAAAGCAAACAUUUCUUUGUCCCUCUGCCUUUC